AAACAAUCUUCCAAGUUCCAGGCUUUGUCAACAACUACAAGUUAGAAGUUUACAAUAAUGAACAACGAGGACCAAAAUGUGGACAAACCAACGCAGGAAGGCAGCCGGGUAUCAAAACCAUUGAUGGAGAAAAGGCGCCGAGCUAGAAUAAACCAGAGUUUGGCUGAAUUGAAAGGACUAUUACUGAAGGCCAUCAAACUAGAGAAUCCUAGACAUUCCAAGCUCGAGAAAGCUGACAUUUUGGAAAUGGCUGUACGCCAUCUACAGGGUCUUCAUCGGCAACAAAGAGCAGCAACACUGGUCAACGAUUCGCAGCAUAAGAACAAGUUCCUGGUCGGAUUUGAGGAAUGCCUCCGCGAGGUGGAGCUGUACUUGAAGAAACAAGAUGACAUCGAAGAAAACACCCUACAACAGCUUAUGCAGCAUCUGGUAAAAAGAGUCCAAGAUCUUAAAGAUACGGAAAAUGGGGACUUACACUCUUUAUCGCCCCGACUUCAGUUGCAUAGUUCCACAAUCCAACACUGUAAUUCAUCUUGUUGCGACGUUAUGGAAUCGUGCUGCCACUCUAAGAAGAUUCCAGAUUCAUCGGUGUCCUCCAGCUGUCGUAACUCUAAUAAGUCAGGUUGUUGUACUGUAGGAAUUACUCAAUUUUGCUUAGUUCCAAAACGUCUAGCAAACGGAGAUUUGGCUUUAGUGUUGCCCCAAAACCUAGCUAGGGGUGCCAAUGAUUUAGAACAGAAACCAUCUACUGCUAGUGCCUUCAAACUUCUUUCUAUGAAUUUAGAUUCGUCUUCUUUUCCUCAGGAAAUAUCCUCUACUAAUUCUUUUUUAGCUAAACCUGAUUCUUCUCUGUAUUGCAGUGCUGAAAAGUAUACCAAUUCAGAAUCACUGAGCCCCAUACCCAGCGAAACCUCUGACUUCAGCUCAGAUGAGUCAGUUGGAAUAUCACAGGAACCACAAACAUUUCGUUUGACUCAUCCAACGACUUGCAAUUUUGUCGGUUUUCCGGAUAAUCGGUCUCCGAUGUUAGAUAACGUAUGGCGACCAUGGUGA